AUGCCCAGCUCACAACCCACACAACGCAUCGAGUCUCAGGACGCCAUGAUGGAGGAUGCCCCGCCUAGCGCCCAGGUUAAUGACGUGGAUGCGGAAGAGGAGGCCGAAGAAGAGGCCGUCCGCGUCAGGAUUUUACCUGGGUCCGUCGAGAACGCUGCCUCAUUCGAGAUCCUUGAGGAAGGCCACACCAUUGGUAACGCCCUUCGAUGGAUCAUCAUGAAGAACCCUGACGUCGAGUUUUGCGCUUACACUAUUCCUCAUCCUUCUGAACCCAAAAUGAACGUUCGCAUCCAGACCUAUGAGGGCACCGCCGUGGAUGCGCUACAGAAAGGACUGCGGGAACUUGCGGACAUCGCAGAUGUGAUCUCCUCCGAGUAUAGCGAAAAGCUAGAGGCCUUCAAGUCCUCGUAG